AUGUCUCGCACACUCGGUGUCCUCGCCCUCGGCGCUGCUGUCAAGGUCGCCCUUGCCGGCACGCUCGAUACUUGCUCUACCAGCUCACCCUUGAGUUGCAGCAGCAGCAGCAGUGGCACUUGCUGCUACGAGGCUCCAGGUGGACUCUUGCUCCAGACCCAGUUCUGGGACUAUAAUCCUUCUAUCGGACCCUCUGACUCUUGGGGAAUCCACGGUCUUUGGCCCGAUAACUGUGAUGGCACCUACAAAUCAAACUGCGACUCCUCUCGCGCAUACAACGACAUCACCACUCUGCUCCAGAACGCCGGAAAGACCGACUUGCUCAACUACAUGGACACCUACUGGCAGAGCAACGACGAGUCCACUGAGGCCUUCUGGGAGCACGAGUGGGCUACCCACGGCACUUGCAUCAACACCAUCAAACCGUCCUGCUACACCAACUACUCAACUGGUGAUGAGGCAGUGGACUUUUUCCAGCAGGUUGUUGAUUUGUUCCAGACUUUGGAUACUUACACCGCUCUUGCCAAUGCUGGUAUCUACCCAGAUGACAGCGCUACUUAUUAUCUGAGCGACAUUCAGGCUGCUGCCGCUGCUAUCCACGGUGGCAAGACCCCUUACUUUGGCUGCUCCAGCGGCGCUCUUUCGUCUGCUUACUAUUACUUCCACAUUUCUGGAAAUGCUAUCAACGGAACUUACGUUCCUGUUAGCUCUCCCAACAGAUCCAACUGCCCUUCCAGCGGUAUCAGAUACCCUACCAAGGUUUAA